UUCAGUGCUGUAUCAAUUUAGUUCAGUGCUGUAUCAAAUUUGUUCAGUGCUGUAUCAAUUUAGUUCAGUGCUGUAUCAAAUUUGUUCAGUGCUGUAUCAAUUUAGUUCAGUGCUGUAUCAAUUUUGUUCAGUGCUGUAUCAAAUUUGUUCAGUGCUGAACUCCGGAAGAUGUCUAGCGAUUUUUACUUACGUUAUUACGUUGGGCACAAGGGAAAAUUUGGCCACGAGUUUUUGGAAUUCGAGUUCCGGCCUGAUGGUAAACUGAGAUACGCCAACAACAGCAAUUACAAGAACGAUGUCAUGAUUCGAAAAGAGGCCUACGUCCAUAAGAGUGUAAUGGAAGAACUCAAGAGGAUAAUUGAUGACAGUGAAAUCACAAAGGAAGAUGAUGCUUUGUGGCCCCCGCCUGACAGAGUUGGACGUCAGGAGUUGGAGAUUGUAAUCGGAGAUGAGCAUAUUUCAUUCACAACUUCCAAGAUUGGGUCUUUAAUUGACGUAAACCAGUCCAAAGAUCCUGAAGGUCUCCGAGUGUUUUACUACUUGGUUCAAGAUUUGAAGUGUCUAGUGUUCAGUCUAAUUGGCUUGCACUUCAAGAUUAAGCCAAUUUAAGAGCAACUUUACGAUUGCCGUGAGGAGUGCUUUUGUAUAGCUUUCUUUUUAGAGGGUGUAUUUUGUACAUUAUUUUUGGGGAAAAUCUGUUCUUUUUUUAUUUUAAAUAAAAUGUUAAACAGA